ACCCAUCUCUUCACAAUCUCAGGAUAGCUUCGAGCAUAGUUGUGAAACACCCGUGAUCCUACGGUCGGAAAUCGUUCAUCCUCGCGCAGGUACUCGUGGAGCCCUUCGUUUAAGUUCCCAUGCUGGGCUCGGAGCUCCUCCUUUGGCGUCUGCAGAGCAUCCUUGGUUUCAGGGGCGCUGGUCGAAGUAUCCAGGCUCAGGCCAGUGCCGAUGGCAAUACUGUAUCGCGGGCCACUGCCGGGGGCAGGAGGAAUCACACGGUGCCAGGUGGCCUUCCGAUCCUCGAAUCGCUCCGGAAGAGAAGCCGAGAGGAGUCAACCACUCCGCGAUCCAUGGUACUAGCUGGCUGGGCGUCUGCAGUUGGCCAUCAGCUAGGUCGCCAGACCGUGGCAUUCGGCAUCGUAGCCGCAGGACGACAUGGGAUCCCAGAAGGAGUGGUGGGAUCAUGUCUGAAUUUCCACCCCUGCACCGUGCAGACUAACGCAGGCCUCAGGAUUGAAGAGAUCUCUCGGACUGUUCAGAAGGAGAUGGCCGAGGCAGUGGCGUAUGAAGGAUGUCCAUUGGACGCGAUCCAACGCGUGGUUACCGGUGGACAGCCUCUUUUCAACAGUGUUGUGAAUUAUCGUAAAUUCGACAACGUAGCACAGACCGCACGGAGAUCGGUCGAGUUUAAGACAGAAUCUAUCCGGGAUCUCUGGGCCUAUGCUUAUUUCCUUGGGGUGGAGGAAGUUGAGGAUCGGCUACAGGUGGAUUUUCAGUGGUACGAGGGUCGCGUGGAUGAGGCCUGCGCUUUGCGGCUGCUGGACUUAUUCAUCGAUAGUCUUGGGAAACUGGCACGGCAAAGCUGACAGGGCAUAACUUGAUGUUCUUUCAAUACACUCUUAGAUAAUAGACUGAAGUGGCCGUACAUUCUUC